AUGAUCCCUGAUCUGUUCACUAGCUGGCCCCCUAUUCGGGAAGCGCUCGCUACCGCAACUUCCAACGUACAAGAUAUCACCGUGAAUGAAUGCCUACCUUUCUUGGCGGCGCAGGUUGAUAAUGUGUCAUACAACCAGUAUGGCCUACCACGUCUUGAUCGGGAACGGCAUAUAAAAUUCCUCCGUAAGAACCUGGCACCCCUUCCUGCUCGUUUCGUGAUGUUAGAUGCAAGCAGACCGUGGAUCCUUUACUGGUGUCUCAAUGGUCUAUCCCUCCUAGGGGAUGAUGUCUCUGUUUACCGCGAUAGCCUUAUCGAGACGGCCCGUUCCAUGCAAAAUCCUACUGGCGGGUUUGGAGGAGGUUUUGGCCACGCUUCCCACCUAGCCUGUACGUAUGCUGUGGUCUUGGCACUAGCCGUAGUAGGAGGCGAUGCUGCGUAUGAAGUCAUUGACCGAAGAGCUCUUUGGAAAUGGCUUUGUGAUUUGAAGCAGCCUGGCGGGGGCUUUAGGAUGGCUGUUGGAGGCGAAGUCGACAUAAGGGGAGCCUACUGUGCAGCUGUCCUGAUUACUCUGCUUAACCUUCCUCUUGAGUUGCCGCCCGACUCUCCGGCAUGGACGCCCGACGGACCAAACUUAUUCGCAGGCCUAGGAGAUUAUGUACGGCGAUGCCAAACCUUUGAGGGUGGAAUUUCGGCGCAACCAGAUGGUGAAGCCCAUGGAGCUUAUGCCUUCUGCGCUUUAGGUUGCCUCGCGAUCCUUGGUGCUCCGCAUCGUACCUUUCCCAAAUAUCUUGAUGUCCCACGGCUUAUUUCAUGGCUGUCAUCACGGCAGUAUGCACCGGAAGGCGGGUAUAGCGGCCGUACGAACAAGCUUGUUGAUGGCUGCUACAGCCAUUGGGUAGGCUGUUGUUGGCCAUUGGUCGAGGCUAGCCUUGCCGGCCCAUCAAGUCUAAUGUUUGACAUAAACAAACACAAAAGCCCCGAUAUUGAUAUCCACAACAUUUAUAGUCGCGAAGGUCUUAUCCGGUAUAUCCUCUGUUGCGCGCAAGAUCAAUCAAAAAGGGGUGGUAUGAGAGACAAGCCAAGCAAAAUUUCUGAUGCGUAUCAUACAUGUUACGUACUCAGCGGACUUUCUUCAGCUCAACACAUUACUCGUUUACUUGCCUCGGAGGGUGAAGGGAUGACGCAUUCGGAAUAUGACGUCUCGCCGCUCCGCGGAAGCCCUCAGAUUUAUGCUGAAGAAGAUCGACUCAACACUACUGAUCCUGUGUAUUUCAUACCUGAGGGGAAACGGAAAGAAAUCAUGUCAUAUUUCCUAUCGAAGCCGGGAUUUUGA